GCUCAUCCCCUCACGAGUCGCCACGCGGCAAACCCAUCAUUCAGUCCGCGGCGAGUCAAGCACAUCCACUUCAGCGCCUAGUCUACCAUACCAUCCUGGUCAGCGGUCUAGGGUUUACUUCUCUCCCUCGCCGCUUAGUACAUCGUCGAUUAAUUUGCUUCAGUACCGGUUCCCGCCGACAUAUCUCAGCCACAGCGGCCUUUCUCGUCCGAUCCGCUUGUGGCACUUGUUGGUGCAGCGACGCGCUCUCCAUGGCAGCGCAGCCGGCACAGCCGCAGGAGUGGGCGGCAGUGGAGCAGCAGGCGGAAGUGUCGCGGUCCGCCAUCACCUCGGCGAUCGACCGCCUAAUUGAGCAGGGCAAGGAGACGGUGACCAUCGUGGCGCUGGGCAAGGGCAGCGUGGGCAAGAGCGCCACGCUGAACUCGCUGCUGGGGGAGCGCCUCUUCCCCACGUCCGGCUUCCAGGCGUCCCCGCACCCGCGCGAGGCCGUGCGCGCGUAUGGCGGAGCGACGCUGCACGUCAUCGACACGCCGGGCCUCGUGGACGCCGGAACCGUCAACCGCGCCGCCAUCGACGAGAUCCUGCACGCGCUGGUGGGGCGCACGGUGGACGUGCUGCUGUACGUGGACCGCCUGGACGCGUACCGUGUCGACACCAUCGACGCGCUCGUCGCUCAGGGUAUCAGCCAGGCUUUCGGCCCCCAGAUCUGGCGGCGCGCAGUGCUCGUGCUCACGCGCGCGCAGCUGUCCCCGUCGGACGGCCGCCCGUUCCCCGACUUCGUUGCGGCGCGCUCAGAUGCGCUGCUGGGCGUGAUCAGGAAGCAGGGCCGCCUGGGCAGGGGCGACCAGGUGCCGGUGGCGCUGGUGGAGAACAUGGAGGGGCGGUGUCGGACGAACGACGAUGGCGAGAAGAUCCUCCCCAGCGGCCAGGCGUGGUUCCCCCACCUGGUGGACGCCAUAGUGGCGGCGGCGCUGCGGCGGCAGCCGGUGGUGCGCGUGGACGAGCGCAUGGCGCGCGGCUUCAACCCCAACCGCAGCGGCAAGCUGCUCAUCCCCUUCGUGCUUGCGCUGCAGGUGUUCCUGGUGGCGCUGCCGCUGCGGCGAGCCAUAGAGUGGGACAAGAAGGAGGAGAAGCGACACCGGCCGCGGUGGGAGGAGGAGGCGGAGGACUACCGCCGCUCCAACGCCGCUGCUGUGGCGCGUCGACGCAUCGCCGCCUUCCAACAGCAACAGGCCAAGGCUCAAGCCAAGUAGCUCAGGCCAAGUAGCACAGGCCAAGUAGCAAACGCCAAAGCAUGCCGUGGAUAGUAGGCUCUACUGUUGUAUUUUCUGUCAGGUUCGGAAGUCCUCCAGCGCGUGAUGCCUUUGGUCUUAUGUUUUCGUUUUAUUUUUCUCCAGUCUAAAGAUUUCGGUACAGCACAUGCAGGCAGUGUACUUGUAUUUUGCCGGGGAUGCCGAUUCACCAGUGGAUCCGACCGGAGUUUGA